UAUGAAGUAAUGUAUUGGCAAACGGCAACACGUUAAAAAGGAUAAAAUAAUGAUGUUUUGUCCCUUUAAAGUUAAAUCUUUACAUGGAAUUGAUUUGCAUACGCUCUGUUAGAAAUAUCAAUUGUUGAUGAAAUUGCUGUGAAGUCAUGUAUGAGUUGUCUGUCUUUGUCAAAUUAAUUGGGUGACGAGUCUAUUUUGCCACAAAACUUAUGGGGCCAUGUCGCGGCCUGCUCGGGGGGCAGUGACGGGGGAUGCGCGCCCGGGAGUAGACGAGGCCUCGCCGCUAGUGCCCGCUUGCCGGUAGCCGGCUGUGUGUAGCGGUCGCGUGGGAGGCUGCGGUCCGCCACGAUGCAGCAGGAGGGGAAGCCGGUGUUCCUCAAGUUCCACCAGGGCAGCGUGCGCGGAGUGGCCUUCAGUCCUCGGGAUCGCCACCUGUUCUGCUCCGGGGCGUACGAUGGCAAGGUGAACCUGUACUCGGCGCUGCGCGUUGAGAUGCUGAUGUGCUACCAGAUCGCCAACCUGACCACCGCCAAGAACAUCAGCGGUGUCCGCUUCACCUCCGAUGGAUCCCGGAUCCUGGCCACGUCGUCUGCUCGCCGCCUCACGGUGGUGGACGUGGAGCGGGGAGAGCAGCUCCUGGCGUACGACAACUGUGCGUACGGGGGCAAGGACCGCACGGGGCUGGCCACGGACCCGCUCUGCCCCAACAUGGCCGUGUCGGUGGCCUCCAACGGCAAGGGGCUCACCCUCAUCGACCUGCGCAUGCCGCUGCCGCUCGACUUUGUCUACGACCUCCACAACGCGGUGAUCCGCGACCUGGCCUUCCUGCACCCCUCGUGGCCCUGGGUGCGCAGCCAGCAGAGCACGCUGCUCACCGCCGCCUGCGACGGCAUGUGCAAGGUGUCCACGCUGGACGGCCGCGUGCUGCACGUCUUCCAGGCCGGCCACCCCGUCAACUCCGUCUGCCCCACGCCCGAGCCCUACAACUCUGCCGCCGAGGACGGCUUCUACAGCGUGAUCAUGAGCGGGGGACAGGCGGUGUCGGCCUACAUCCCGGAGACGGGCGGCAUCCAGGACCACCUCAAGGAGAACUGCGACAUGCAGGUCUGGAAGCUCAGAUACACGUCCAACGGCAGCCAGCUGUACACGGUGUGCGACGGAGGGGCGGUGCGCAGGUACCGGCGGUACCCCAGCCACCACGAGUACCUGGGCGAGGUGUUCCGCCACAAGGGGGACAUUCAGGACCUGGACAUCUCGCUCUACGACGAGUACAUCAUCACCGCGUCCCGGGACCGCUCGGUGGGCCUGCUGCGCCUCGGAGCCCCCAACCACGGCUGGACCGACUACUGCGAGCUGACCUGAUAGUGAGAGUACCGACGGUGCGGAGCGGACCACUGGAUCAGUAGUGCACGCAUCACGAUAGCAGCAUCAGUUCUUAAGACGUAGGUUCCGCCUGUGACACUAGUUCUAGUGCCGUAGACUCGGUGUCUGUACCUAGCGUGUCUCGCUGGCGAACAGUCAAGUGGAUACAGUGUGCGUGUUGGCGGACUUGCGCGGCUCGGAGGAGCUGCCGGCAGCAUAACUGUACCAGAGCGGCCAGGAGUUCAUUUCAGUUACCUUACAUGUGCGACGUGAUAACUCGUCGGCGUCCUUCUCAACAUUACAGAUCACAGGAAGUGCAUACUCGGAAUCCAGUUCAGGAAUUGAAAUGUUUUAUCUAUGUAAUGGUGUGUAUUUGAGAUUUUGUUAGAAAAGGUUGUCUGAAUUACUUAUGCUGUUCUGCUCACAUGUAGGACUGAUAUUAGAAUGCUUUUUGUUGUUUUUCUCAGGACCGUAAUGAACUACGGAAGAAGCUGUUUCAGAAUAUUGCUUGAUAACUGUAACAGCUCCUUUAGAAAAGUGUUAAAACCAGUCAAUUGUCAUGUGUCUUGGACUGUCUGGUUUUUGGGUUGUAGAUUUUCUCAUGGUUUAAAUAUCCUUCUUUUUGGGUGUUGCAAAAGUGCCCACUGCUUCACGUCUGGUGCAGAAGAGAAGGUUCCGGGGUAACAGUCUGUAAAUGCAUAUUUUUGACAUUUCACUAGGACUUAAGUUUUGCUUAAACAACUCGUGAAGUUAGAAGAAUAAAGUCAAGCGUUUAUUUUCUUAAGUUUGUGAGAUUGUUGUUGCAGUGACUGGCGUACUGUAGUCACGAGUGGUGGUUUGUUUCGUAAACUGGGUUUGAACUAAAAUGAAGGCUGUUCCGAUCCGAUAUUUCUCUGUUGCGUUUGCGUCACUGCAGCCCAUCCUCUCUGCCGGAGACCUGAAGUGUUAGUUUUAGGAAGAGCUUAAAUCUUUUAUAUUACAGUAUUAACGGCUGCAAACACAAGGUAGAACUUAAAUUGUUUCAGAUUGAUUGCUCUUUUUGUAAGUGUGCAUUUUGCUGUAUCUUGCUCCGCACAAGCAUGGGACGUCCUGAGUGCCUGCGACAGAGGUGACGUGAUUGGUCGUGUCUGAUGCUGGCUACAGCUCGCCGCAUGAGCGUCACAUUUCGUACUUCGCAUUAUGUUGUCUGUGAGUAAUACAUAGUGUCCAGUUGUACCGUUUUAUUUUUUUAAUGAAGGCUGGUCUUCCCUUGAGCUAUUUUAAAUUAUUAUUACUAAUGCUACCAAUAUUACUACUGAUAAUUAUAAUUAUGGCUCAAUCAUUAUAUUGUUGGAUAGCAAUGAUUAAAUUACAAUGAAAUAUUGUAGAAUUAAGUUGUGAUGUAAUUUAUCUCUGAAAAAGAAGUCAUGAAAACAGGAAUGCAAGCAGUUGUAUGUUGCAUAGCUGUAGCCAUUUAUUUCAUUUCGGAAUGUGUGCAUUUGAAGAUGAUGGUAUUUACAAAGUACUACUAUGUUUAAUGUUGGUUAUAAAUUUUUUUUGUCAUGCACAGAAUUUUUUCUAUUAAUAUUAUUUAAUAAAAAUAGCUUCGGAUCGUAAAUUUAAGUAACAUUCCGUCUCAUAGUACAAGGUAGUUUAACCAAUAUGAUUAUUUAUGAAUUCUUUGUAUAGAUUUUGCUUUUCAUUAAAUGUAAUUUUUUGAAAACUUGUGAUUGGCAGGUAAUAUAUCACAGUUGGUCUAUUGUUUUGUUUUAUUCUACACAUCUUUUUAAAUGUUUAAAGAAUGAUUGAUUCGUGAAACUAAAAGUUAUUAAUCUUGUUCCAAUUUGGGGUUAUUUUUUUCCUUCCUUUAUAUAUUAUAUCAGAAUUGGCAUUUUAUUUGUUAAAUUCAGUGUAUUAACUUUAAAAAAAUCUCCCAUAAGUUAUCAGUUUAUUUUUGUGACUACGAGUCAGUCAAACAGUAUUUCUGUAUUCAAAUAAAUUGGUGGGGAAGCAGCUUUGAAUAAGACACUUACAUUAUUUAGUGAGGAUGUGUUUUGCAUAAUGUACUGCAUGUAAUAAAUUAAUUUGUUUGCUUCAGAUAUCAAAAAUUUUAUCAUUAGUUACUAACACUUUGUAUUGGUUAUGCUUGUAUGUUAUGUGUUACUUCAUCCAGUAAUACGAGUAUUGAAAGUAGGGGGGGAGGGUAUCAUUAAAUUUUUUUUUUCGGUGUUGUUAAUGUGAAAAUUCUGUAGUAUGUAAAAAUCAGAUUUAGCUUGUGAAUGUGAUCUGAUAAACCUCUCAAAGGUGUCUGGAUUUAAUAAAAUGAAGAAUAUUUAUUUAGAAUUUUUUGCGAUGCUGUAGACCAGCAUAUUAAUUUUCAGUUAAGUGUGCGGUAGAAUACUUAGGCUCGUAAGACAAGGAGGGAGGAAAUGAGUUAUUGCUUGUUGUAGUUGAUGCCGCAGGAGUUCACGCCUGUCUCUCUCUCCCGGUCGAUCGAGAGCGAAUGCUUGUUCGAGCCCUCUUGUCCACGUGGCAGUCACUGUGUGAGGAGCACUUUCCCCUCGCACAAGGAACUCAAGUGAGACACUGUCGGGUGCAGUCGCUCAUGCGGGCUUGUGGAGCGUCCAUACCUUUGUUGUCAUCUGGUGUGGCGCUGGCAACACUCUAAGUCGCGGUCGGGGAGAGAUGCUCGGUUUGAGGUUUGUCGGACUGCAGUGCUGUGAACCAAAGCGCUUGCAGCAGUCUUCUUGGACCCUCGAAAAAGAAAACACGAGACGCGUUCCACGAAGCCGAUGCUGUGUUUCUUUUGAAAAUAAUACUUUAUCAAGUUGUUUGAGGGGUUGUUUAGUUUUUAAUGAUCCUGAGAAUGUGAUUUUUCAGUUUUUUUGUACAAACAAAGAGUGGGUUGGUUGGCCUUCAGUCGCGAAGGGAGCCCGGGGUGGUAACGGGGGACGCUCCCUCCCGCAGGCUGAUUCGGACGUCACCAUGCAUGGAGCUGUUUUAAAAGUUCCCGCACACAGCCUGCAAAUCACUUUUGUCACGGUGAGUUAGCGUCGAUGACUGCUCUUGUUUGGUAGCUUUGAAAAUAUCCCUAUGUUUAUUGAUUUUUAAAUCAUUACAUAAUAGCUAUAUGUUGUCAAAAGCAUUUUAUUGUGUGAUUAUCAAAUUUGACAGGUUUUCACCAUUAAUUUCUUUGCGUAGCAUUUUCCUUUCCAGAAAAAAAAAAAAAUCCCUGUAUCGCUGGGAUGCAAGCGGAGGAUUGGUCACACAGGCGUGGUUAGAAUUCUGAAAGUAGACAAUAUUGAGCAUGUUAAUGCUCCGAGCCAGGGUCUCCAGACUACCAGUCCGACCGGACGUGCCAGGGUCUCCAGACUACCAGUCCGACCGGACGUGCCAGGGUCUCGCGAGUGUCGGCGCGGUGAGCUGGUACUCGGCGCGGCCUUGAGGCUGCUCUGAGCCGAGGCAACACGGAGCAAGGUUGUAAUGCUGUUUUGUAACGGAAAAGGUUUCAAAACUAUGGUUUAGAAAAGGCUUUCACGACACUGUUCUGUAAACGGUUGUAGGAGGCCGGCAUUAGUUUCUGAAACUCGGACAAGUUGGGUGACAAGUUUUCCCGAUGUCGCCUGGCAAGCCGUGUCGGUCCGCGCAGAAGGAUGUGGCGGCAGUGCGCAUGGUUUGUGUCAGUGUGUCUUGUUGUGAUAGCAUAGAGCUUUCUCCUCGUAGAGGCGUUGUGAUAGUUGGCUUGAUCCAGCUAGUGGUGUACGCAGUGCUGCCAACUGUAUCUUCAUAAUCACCAUAGCGUAGUAGACAUGCAGUAUAAAAAGCACACACGUACAGAAAACUGCAAACUGAAGUAAAGUUUUGGUGUUUAGGACUGUAUGUGUAAUUGGUGUGUGUAUCAAAAAAAAAUAUGCAUGUAACUGAGUGUAGAUGCAUGUUUAUAAGAUAAAAUUUACAUUUAAAGUUUUAAAAUGGGUUGUAUCGAAAAAUUUUCGUAGGUGAUAUUUACUACUAUAACUGUUUGAUGAGAAUCCCUAGUAGAUUAUCUACUUGACUGUAUUCUCUGUAUGUAUUGUCUUGUGUAAAUACGUCGACUUGUAAACUUUGAUCGACUUGAAGGGAUGUAUUAAUUUGUAUCAUUGUGCCUUUUGUUUCAUGUAGUCGUAUGGUGAAUAUUAAAAAUUUGUAUUAUUGUAUUAACAUCCUAUAAUCUGUAAAUCAGUAGAAAAUCAUAAAUUAUUUAGGUGUAUAUGCCUCCAGUAACUAAAAAUAUUGUGAAGAGAAGCGUAAUACCAACCAGAAAAAGUGUAAUAUUAAAAUAAAAUUGUUGUGGCUUGGUUAUUACCUAAAUAAAUGUACUAGUUUAUUUUUUAAUUCAAUUUUAUAGAAAAAAACUUUUAGUGAUUCAAACUGAAUGUCUUUCACGAUAAACUUUUUAAAUUUAGUAUUAAAAUAUUUUAGUGUUGUCAUUUAAGAAUUUGAGAUUUUUUUUAAGUAGUUUGUAAAUACGAACAUGUUUUUAUCAGUGAGCAAGACAAAUUGUAUGUUACGUACUGAAUUUUAAAGUGUUUAUUGGGGCCAUCAUUUACUGCUAAAUGAGCUACAAAUUAAUAUUUCCUACUUAUCGUAGGGGCUGUGUGAUAGUCUGGGGUGAGCUUGGCAGUUACGAUAGAUACUCGCUCUCGUACUGUUGAUUGUGCUCACGAUUGUCCGAAGUUCUUUCAGUUGAGAUAACCGUUUGUUUCACAGUGUCGCGGGGCACGUAUGGGGAACGAUGAGCGAGUCAGUAUGGUUGACGUCCUGACCUGUGCGAAUGUGGAAAAAAAAAACUGUUUUAUAGGACUGUGAAAAUGCCCUCGAAAAAAAUAUUAUGAUUAAUUUUUGUUAUAUUUCAGAAACUCAUUACAUGUAUGCUGUUUUUCGAAGAAAAUGGCUUAGGACUUCAUGAGCUAUUUUUCUCUCCUCUGAAAUAGCAAUACAUUUUGAAAUUAAUGACGGCGGCUGUGUAAGAUUUCUUUACAUCUGAACCACUUUACUUUUUUGAAAAAUGUAUCUGCGUGAAAGUUUGAUUGGAUUUUCUUACGUACAAGAUCCCUAUCCGGUGCCUCUUUCUCAUUGUAGCCUUCUUCUCCAUGAAGACAUUUAGUUGUAAAGAACCAGAUUUUAAAUGAAUAAGAUAAAACAUUUUAUUUUUGUGUUAGUCGGUCAUUUGCGGAUGAUGUUUUGUGUUUCGUCGAGAGCAAGACACUGGACCAAGUUGUGUUGGCAGCAUUGAGCUUGGCAUUAGCUUUGUUGCCUCCUGGAUGCGUGGAAGGGGAGGCCAGGACUGCUCUGUGCUAAUGGUCAGCUCUGUCAGUGUUACCAGCUAUCGAACAUCGCACUUACCACCGCGGCAGCUCGUCGCACAGAAACUACAUUGUGGUCAUACGUUUCAGAUGCCUUAAAAAUGUUCAUUUGAAUAGCCUGUAAUCUCUUAUGCACAGAAUAUCGAUGGGUGAGAGUGUGGGCAUUCCUUGAGGACUCAAGGCAGCCAUUUUGUUCUGUCCUUCUACUUUGUGGUGUAUUCGGCUGACUUGUUCUGGCAGUGCUGCCCCCCUUCCUUCCAUCAGCAAUAAACUUAUCAUACUUAAAUUUUUUUUUGCAUCUGUGUACGAUAUAUGUAAAAUUUUUUGUUGAUCAGAUCCCAUAUGAUUGUUGAUCAGAUCCCAUAUGAUUGUUGAUAAUGAGUAAAAUUGAAGUAUAGUAUACAGUAUACAUUCUAUAGUUAUUUUUUUUCUAUUGACCGUAUAAUUUACACUUUUAGUAGUCUGCAAAACAAUUUGUCGACUCAUCCUGCACCCCCGAGAUCUGUCCCUGGAAAGAGCCCCAAUGAAAGCUUAAGGGCCUCGCCUGCCCUGGCACUUGCAUUACACUUUUAUCUUCAUUUCUCCGCCAUUCACCGCUCGAAUUUCACAGUUGUCCUGUGAUGAUGAGAAAACUGCGUGCCAGUCCAGAGGCGACACCGCGCUAGAACCACAAGCGAGUGUCGCACUCAUCAUCCCGCCUCACCGACACAGAUACAUCCCUGACGAGGCGGGCCCCUUAAUAAUUAGUCUUGGUUAUUGCUGAUGUAGUGGUCGCUCGUAGAGAGCCCGGCUCUUAGUGUGCACAGCCGAGUCGCGACAGUUCUCAGGUCAGUGUUAAUAAUAAUUACCUAGUUUGAUGCAACCAAGCAAAAGUUAAAAUAUCACUGCUCAUUGACCAAAUAUUCAAAAAUACUGAAUGCAGAAAAUCCAUCUUUUUUCUGUGGCCGUCCCGUUCUUGUUUGCCUGUUCACACCUCCGUCCAGCGCUUGCGCCCCACGUGCGUGCCCGUUCGUUUGUUCAGUUGUUCAGUUGUUCAUUCAGCUUGGUGUUGUUGUUGAUCUACUGCAUUAUGCCUUUGCUGCCGUUGCGUUUCAGGAAGCUGCACACGGAUGGUUAAAAACAUGUUUGUUAUCGUUAACUAAGCUGUCGGAUUGUACGGCCAUUUUUGAUCAUGCUUGCAAAGAUCUUGUCUAGACCUGUAGUUAUAAAUUUUAUGUGUUUUCCUUUAUUGAUUUUUGUUAAUUGAGGAAAUGACAAAUUUAAAAAUAUCCAAUAAUUUUCUUGUAAACAUUAUGUUUAAAAUUGUUCUAAUGUAUACAUAUUGUAGUGGUAUUUGUGAUUUUAAGAGCACAUUGUUUAUAUAAGACUGGCAGUUUCUUCAGCAAUAAAGUGCUCCACUUGGUUUUCUAGACGCUGGUGGUUGACAGAUUUUUGCUCCCAAAGUUUUGAAAAUCAAGCAAAACUGUGCCUGAGGUCAUAAAACCAGCUUUCAAUUGAAUUUCUUUUUUUUCAGAGACACUCUUAACACAUGUUUAGUGGAAAUAAACUUGUACAAAGUAAAAUAAUUUGUUCUAGCAUGUAAUGAUAUUGCUGGAUUCCCUGUGAUUUUUAUGUGCCCUGAAUUCAGAAUAAUUUGAGAGGUGAGGUAACAAUACUUCUCGAGUUUAGUCAUUAUAUUCGAAGGGGCAUCCUUAUUUUUGUUCGUAAAUUUUUGCGAUGUGAUGAAAUAAGGUUGCACCCGACAGAAGUGCUGUGUUAAUGGCUUGAGAUUUAUAAAAGAGAUUUGUAGGAAGCAAACCUGACAUUCAGAUUGUUUUUUUUAUUUAUUUUUUUUAUUUUUAUUUUAUUUUAUUUUAUUUUAAAUGUGGUGUUGCCUUCACGCUGGCAAUAUUGCAAUUUGUGUUCACAUUUGUUUUCUGUAAGUUGGAUGUUUGUGUUUUAGUGCGUGGUUCCCAAACAUUUAUUCACGAGUUCCUUCAAUGUUCUAAUUUUUGUACUUGCACUAGCUCACCAAUUCACCUCGUUUAGCUGUAGUGAAGUUCUUGGACUCUUGUGGCCUAUGGUUCCAGGUGUGUUCAAUUUGUAGAAUGCACCGAGGUUCUGAUUGGCCCUGCAAUAACCAAUAGUUGGAGACUGCUCUUGCAAGCCGCUCUGGUGGAAGAGAGAGAUAAUUUUAACCGGUUUUUUUUAACCAGAUUUCCAAAAGUGUUUACUUAUCAAUAGCACUGCUUUGCAAGUACUGAAAAUGUUUACAGUAUAAUAAGAAAACACUUCAGACAUUAUUUUUUUAUUUAUUUUUAUUUUUUUGUAACAGGAUCUCUUUUUAUGAUUGUAUAUUUGUGUGUGUAUGAAAUUUUGGGAAUCGCCACUCCCAGGGCCGCUGGUUUUUUGAAAGAAAAGUUACGUUUUGUUUAAGUUUGUUUGUUGGAUAGAGGAACCGAAAUUCAGAGGGAAUGAUAUUGCUGACUUCAUGUUGUGACAUUAAAAGUCAAUUUUUAGAGUUAGUCAAUACAUAAAAUUUCCUGGGCAUAUUGCUUGUUAAGCCGCCAUGUCAUUCUGGAGAUACAUGUUUGAAACUUGCACACAAUUUGAUUAGCCCAAAUUACAUUUUAAGAGAAAAAUUAUUGUUGGGUGUUUGAAAUACUGUCAAUAUUUGCACGUACAUGAUGUAGUUUUUAAACUUUGUAUUUUCUACAUUAAUGUUUUCACUUUGUGUAUAGAGAUAAAACUCUUUAUUUUUUCAGUGUAAUUUAAUGAUAUUUAAAAUAGGGUUAACUUUAGAUCAAUAAGUAAACAUUUCUAAUGAACUUGCAUACUUUGUUACAAGACCACAGGGUAAUACUUAGCUUAGGAUUUUACAUGUGAGGAGGUUCCAGUGUUGGUUGAUGUGGGUUUAAACAAGAGUUUGGCUGUCGGUCAGAGGGCUCGGAGAAAGUUGGACAAUCUUAUUCUACUUGUUGUGUAUUUUGAAUCUAGUUGUGGAAUGUCUUGGGCAGUUUACAUGUCCAUAUGAGUUGACGCAUGUGCCACCAACGCUCUCGGUGUCUGCCAUCCUGCCUGGCGCUGCUCUAGAGACAGUGUGUCUCGCCGGACGGCGAUGCCUGCGAGGGAACGGCACGUGUUUGCCCGUAGCGAGUUUCCCGGUGUGUUGCGUCCCUACUGUCCGAGUGUCGAGCUGCAUCAGCUCUUGUGGUUGCACCGGAGCUUGAUCCGAGAGUCGAGGACUUUGUCUCGUGCCUUGGUACGACGCGAGCCCAGCGCGGCUCAGCAGCUUCUGCUCACGUUCAGGAAAUAAGAUCACCUUCGUCAGUAACUUGUGUCGCAAGGUUUCCUGCCGUGUUCUUAGUGUCGGACAUGCAUCGAGUUCCCUCCUUCCGUCCCGCCUCUGGGACUCGCAGUUUGAUCUGCAAGACUUUAAAUGUUGGUUUUGAUUGGUGGGUUGUUUUGAACUAAUCUCAGUUGUGCACCGAUUGUUUCGACUGUUGCGAGACCUGUCUCUUGAGUUGCGGACGGGGCCGGCGAUGCGGAGUGUCGUGUGUGCAUCUUAGUGGGCUUUACUGUCUGCUGUCAGCGUUGUCCUGGUUUCAGUGUGCCCUGUUGCCUGAUAUAAGCAUAGAGCAGAAAAGUUUUGGACACAACUUCAUAAUGUAAUGAAAAAUAUUAAGAAUAUACAAAAAUAAAUGUUUAAAAGGAAAAUUAAUUUGGAAUUACAUUUUAUUGUCACAUUUCAUCAAGAGCUUCAUCUGAUAAGAAUCAAUUCUUACUUUUAAGAAAAACCUGUUUUUGCCACUAAAUAUUUUCAUAUAAUUUAAUAUUUAAAAUUUUUUGCUUUGUUCAAACAUAGUACAUAAUUAAAGGAAUGUCUUGUUAAUAGUAGUGACCAACUGUUACUAACAGUUUCUCUUGUAAAAUAAUAAUAAUAAUUGGUGUUUAGAAUUGAUAUUUUUUUCUUUCAGAAUGUUUACAAUUGUAAUGAUACUGUCAAGACACUAUUUUUUGGUCUUGGGAAAAAUCAACUAAUAUUAAAAUUAAAAAGAAAAUAUAAAACUCCUUGGUAAUUAUUGCUUGUGUACACUAUAAGAACUGUAAUGUUAACAAGCUGGGUAGAAUCAGUCUGGCAACGUGGGGCCGUCUCGAGUGUGAGAUGCACCGUGCCUAGCGUCGCCAGUCACGGUCGUCACUGCUGCGUCCGAAACACCUGGAUGUUAGCGUCAAGCACUUGUCUUCCCCGCGGCCUUCGUUUCCUGGUCGUGGGCUGCUUGCAGCAUCCCCCGACCGACAUCAACACAUUUCAUGACCGAGGCAUUACCAUCAAGGUUUCCCACAAGCAUAAUCUUGUAAACAUUUGUAUGAAAUUUGCGUGAUGUUAAAUAUUAUGUGUAGGUUUUGUAAGAUUAUGCCAAGAAUAAAGAUUUUUUUUUUUUGGUGCUUAAAGGUGCCAUUUCUGUGACGGUAAAUGGCUAGGUAACGUGGGAUUUGUUGAAUUUUAUUAUGUAAAAAUAUAAGUUAGUUGUAGAAUUUGUGUAGAUGUUAAUGCUUCAUAGUGGUAUGUGCCCUUGUUUAUAAAUAAAUUUUUCAAUAACCAUGACAGUUUCAGCAAGAUUAUGAUUUUAUGGUUACUGUGUUCAGUAUUUUUGUGUAACAAACGCCUUCAUUUUAGCCGCUAUUAUAAAUGGUUGUGUGUUUUUAUUUUUAUUUUUUUAAAUUUGAGUGCACACAAACUCUGGGUGUAAUUUCAUUACGCUCAUAUGUUCUCAGGGUCUAUAAUGUCUCAAUCUUCAGAGGGUUGCAAAUUCACAUAGCAGCUGAUUGGAAAACUCGCAAGUCUCACUUCGGAAUGCUGGACUCGAACUGACAUCUGGGCUACACUUGCCACGUGUGAGACUGGGUAAUAUGGCUCGUGUGUUCCACGGGAGCGUCCAUCCUAACCAGAACAUCUCUCGCAUUCAUCACCCCACACCUCAGCUUGAAUUAUAAUUUCAGCGAGCCUGAUAAGCCUUUUUGCUACAAUGCGUACUUAUUUAGCUUUCUUCAAAAUGAAUGCAUAUUGAUCUGUGUUAUUAAUUUUUUUACUUUCCUUAUGUGAGUAGCUGGUGUUUGCACUGACCGUCGAGGUGAUGUGGCGACACUUGCUGACCGCGCCUGCCUGGGGCACGGAGCUUUGCGCACACGGCAGACCAGACAGUCUCGGUCUUAAUCCAGUUAACUAUUUUAUCUCAUGCAUUGAUUUUGUUCUAAUUUAUUUGUGUUUGUUAUUGUUUUAUAUAGUUUAUGUAUGUUUUGUUGAUUUUUUGCUGUUUUCCUCUUGUGCAAUAAGUAACUCUUGUCCUAUGACAGAAUCUACAGCUUCAAGCAGGUUUCAAGUUUAGUUUGCUUGUUUUUGUGAUGAAUGUAUGUAACAGUCUGAUAUGUUUGAAAGCGUGCACGGUUUAUCUCCAGAAAGAUGUGCGACGUUGGAAUACUUUGUAGUGCUUUCGGGGGAAAAGGGGUAAUUUUUAAGGUGUAUUUUUCUUCAGUAUUUUUGUUCAAGAUGAAAAUUAUGUGCCUAAAAUAGUGUAGGUUUUCAAACCAGGGAUUUAAUACAAGCCAUUGGGUGGAUAAAGUUGGCAAGAAAAACUGUACAUUGUCAGAAAAAAUGUUUUUUCGUUGGCCACGUGCGUGUUGGUACGAAUACUCGUUUAUGCGGCAAGUUCUUCCACACUUGUAAAACUUUGUGAUAUGUUGUUUUUAAUUUGUUGUUCCAUGUACCAUAUAUUGUGCCUUUUUAAUCACAGUUGUUUUUGUGUCCAUGAUUGUUACGUUGGAUUGUGUGUGACGGGUGAUGAGGUGAAACUAUGUACCAAUAUUAAUUUUUCAUGUUCACUAGUAAUCAUUUUCAAUGAAAAAUAUACAGGAAUGUAAUAAAA